AUGGCGGCGCCCUUGUCCAUACAGCUGGAGUUUGGGGGCGGUGCAGAGCUGCUGUUUGAUGGAGUAAAGAGACACCACGUGACUCUUCCAGUACGACCUAAACCUUGGGAUGUGCAGCAGCUGCUCCUCUGGAUCCAGAUGAACCUUCUGAAGGAGCGACCCGAGCUCUUUGUCCAGGGAGACUCUGUGAGACCAGGCAUUCUGGUGCUCAUCAAUGAUGCAGACUGGGAGCUAAUGGGGGAGCUAAAGUAUGAGCUGCAAGACCAGGACAAUGUGGUGUUCAUUUCCACUCUUCAUGGAGGAUAA